AGGAACACGUCAACUACCGCACACAUUUCAUCCGGAUCGUCGUGUCGGAUAGAUUAAAAAAGCAUGGUCGGAGUUCCGAAGAGCAAGGCGUGUCGGACGUGCCUACAGAGACGGGUGAAGUGCGACCUCACGCAACCAUCCUGCAACCAAUGCACAAGACGCAACCUCCAGUGUCCCGGCUACGAGAAACGCUGGAAAUUCCUCCACCAAACCACCGGCUCCAUCCAAAAGGACCAGCGAAACACCGGCGUCCAGUCCCAAACUGUCAAGGAUGCUCUUCUGGCCCGAGCGCGCCAGACAAGCAUCGACGAACGGGUGGAGCCGAAUCUAGCGGCCGCGGCCCUAGACCUGCAACAGAAGGAAGUCUUCUGCACGUUCCUGCUCACCAGUUUCCCCGCUCAGUUCGCCUCUUGCGGGAAGCGCGUCGAGGUUAACUGGAUCGACUAUGCAAGGCGCCCGCUCCUCACCGUGCCCCAGUCGCUGGUCUGGGCUUACCGCGCCCUGGCCACUGUUUUCAUUGGUCGCAAGUAUCGGGACAUGAACAAGGUCACCUGCAGUAGACACAUGUAUAGCCGGGCGCUGAAUUACCUGGCUGGGGUGGUUCGACAUCCCAAAUUUGCCGGUACGGAGGAGGCGCUUGCCUCUGGGAUUUUGUUGACUAUGUACGAGAUGGUAGACGGGAUCACGGGGGCGUCGUGGCUGACGCACACGCGCGGUCUGGCGACCAUGAUCCAGGUGCGGGGAACCGAGGUCCAUCGGGCAGGGUUUGGAUUGACAUUAUUGAAAUCCUGUCGCUCAUUCCUAGUCGCGGAUGCUUUGAUUCGCGGGGAGCACUGUUUUCUCGGCGAGCCGUUGUGGAGGGAUUUUCUGGGUGAGCUGGCGGAUAUCGAAAGUCGAGGUCCGAAGCGGAGCGAGCUGGGGUUGAUUGUUGAUCGGGCUUUCAUCGAGAUCUCCUCCUGUCCGGGCUGGCUGGUCGAAACACAUAGGCUUAUCGAUCAGCAUGGGCAUACCGAGGCAAAGGCCGAAUUGAUGUCGCACAUCGUCCGCGGUCGAGACCAGCUUCACCAUCUCCAGACACAGCUACAAUACGCGAUCGUCCAUCAACGCCAGGCUUCUAUUCUCGCUUGGCAGCAAUUUGUUGGCCCCAUCCCUUGGGACUUUGUGGAUCCGUUUGCGCAGUCUUCGCUAUAUGGUAUGCGAUUAGGUAUUUCGCUACUCAAUCAACUCAUUUCUCUGCUGAGUGCGGACCUCCAGCGACGGGCGUAUGGCCAGGCUUUGUGGUCUGAGGUUGAGACGUCCGGUCUGCAGUCACCUCAUCCAUGGAGUGGGUUGGAUGCAAAUGCUCAGGAGUGGCAGGUUCGGUUUGAUCCGGAGUAUCUGCGAGAUUCGUAUCAAAUUCAUCCGAGUGGGAAUGAGGACUGGAUGGAUCGGAUAGCGAUGUCGAUGGGGAUGUUGGGAAUUCGAGCAUGAAUGAGGAUAUAUGCGAGAUGGUGUUUUCUACAUUUACUUCUUUUUGGUUGAACAUUCAAUUGUUUAUCUUAUAUAUAUAGUCCAUAUAACUAACUAGUGCGUGACAAUACAUGAUGACAUAAUCCAAAC